UUGUUUACCAUAUAAACGGGGAUUUGACCCUCUUCCUCACGCUGAUUGAUCCGUCCUUGCUCUAUGAUAGCUCAUUGUUGGUUGGUCUAUGGUCCCUCUACGCACUGUGGAACAAAUUUGUUUCCCUGUGCUCCUUUGUCCUCUCGUCUCCUUUCAAGUUAUCGACACUCUCUUCCGGGAAGGACUACAACGCCCCUACUCCUAUCCUCUCUCACCUUCCUAUCUCUCCAUGUCUCCGUUCAGUUUGAACCAGUCACCUACUGUCCCCGUAGAGGAGGGGGAGAGAGAUCCUGGUCAAGCUUCUUCCUUCUCAUGUCCCAGCUUCUUCGGUAGCCGCCAUGAUCCGAGAGCAUAUCUUUGCAUGGACCGUCAAGAGCCCAAGGAGCGGUUCCUGCCUCAUCCAGUCGACAGCAAGGACGAUGGUACUCUCAAACUCUCUCUCUGCGAUCCCUACGUUACCGAAGAAGGUGUAGUGGCGGAUAGGGCUGGUCAAUGGAUGUCCUCCAAGAUGCGAUUUAUGAGGAAGAUGAUGAAUUCGAGUCACAUCGUUGUGAGCAAACAACCGAGAGGAAGCAUGCGAAUUACACCUGACGACCAAAGCCGAUCGCACCGAUUAGGGUAUAGCGGGAGCAACCGAAGCAACAAUUCCCCGAGUGGUAUCAUCAGAGUCUGCAGCGAUUGCAACACGACCAAGACUCCUCUGUGGAGGAGCGGUCCUCGUGGCCCCAAGUCCCUCUGUAAUGCGUGUGGAAUACGACAGAGCAAGGCGAGGCGGGCGAUGGCGGCAGCAGCCCCAAACGGUGGACUAAUAAUCCCCGCAACAUCUCCGGCUAAAGCGCCAAGACAGGAGAAGAUAGACAUCGAUCGAACUCUCCCCUUCAAGAAACGGUGCAAGAUUGAUACUGCCAGUAGUAGUAGUAGUAGCAGCAGCAGCAGUACUACCACUACUACUACUGCUAGUAGUAGUAGGAAGCAUUGCUUUGGCAAUGUUACAUCGAGCUCAAACAAGAGUUCGGCAAUCCAAAGGGUCUUCCCGCAGGAAGAGAGGGACGCAGCGAUAUUGUUGAUGGGUUUAUCUUGUGGCCUAAUUCGGAGUUGAGUGUCUGUUCUUUUCUUGUAUUUGAGGUGUCAUCUAAUAAUAAAUAAACCAGAUUUGUGCUACUGUGUUAGCUGAGUGAGGAAGAGUGAAAUGAAGUUAUGGAAGAA